GAAUAACAGGAUGGUUCCGAGACUACAUUCGAUGUGAAUUAUAGUGAAGCAGAUGAUUUGGGUCGCGGGAUAGGUACACAAGGGGUUGAAGGGCUUUCUCAGACGUCGUAUGUGCCAGGCUUUGAUCCAUCUCAGGACAAAAAAGAAGAAGAUUGGUGGACUCCAAUGACUUCGGUCCGAGGUUCAGUGGAUAAUCCAGUAAAGAAAGAAAAGACAGAGAUGAAUACAGCUCCACCGCCGUCACAGUGGGAGAAAUGGUGCAAAAGAAAAGAUCAUGGACUUCAGCUUAGCGAUUCACCAUUGCCAGAAGAUGCUUCUCCGCAGGCGUCACUUUAUUAUAUCUCUGAAGAGUCAUGGAAAGGAUUCACGGAAUGGGCAUUAAAGCCUAUACCUUUAACAAUUGGUCCUACAUGCUUUAAUUUGUCUGUAGCUACAAGAGUAGUAAGUGCUGGAAAAUGGCUUGGAAACGAGGAGAUGGAUGCGGUUAUGUUUAUAUGGCGUGUGAACACUACAUUGAAUCGUUGGGCCCCUCGGCGUGUUGCUUUCAUGAGUGCUAUGUUUUGCCUCCAAGUAGACGCUGCAUACAAGAAGUUUUUACCAAACAAAAAAGCCUAUCAAUUGCCUGAUUUCCUUCUUGGGUACGGCAGAGGAGAGCUUCCAUCUCAUGGGCGGACUGAUCUAGUUUGGGGUGUUGAUGUUGAUCGACUCUACUUUCCUCUGUUUGUAAAUGGUAAUCACUGGGUUGGUGUCUGUGUAAACAUCAUUGAAAGAAAAGUAGAAGUCUUUGAUUGCGGUCGGGGAAAGAACAGACAGUACGUUGAGAAGUUUGCUGCUAUCAUUCCUAGGAUUGUGAAGUCCGUUGCACCACAAGAAGACAGAAGCAGCUACUCCUCUCAUCAUAUUCUAUCGUGGAUGUGCCUAUGAAGUUGAGAUUGAACAAAAGUUGUUGUGAUUGUGGUGCAUACGCUCUGAAGCACUUGGAAUGCUCGCUGCUUGGUCUUGACGUCAGUUUAGUGGAUGAUGAAAUCAUUAUGGGUUGUAGACAAAAGAUUGGAGUGGACUUAUGGGAGGCUGCACACGACCCCAUCUUUGCUGAGGUUAUGACACGAUAUGUGCCUUCACCAUGGGAGAGGUCUGAGGUCUUUGACCUGGAGGAUGAUUGAUUAACUGUGAUUUUAGUAGUUUGGUUUGUUAGAAUUAGAAAACAACUUUGGCUUUGGUAUUUGAUUUGGCUUUGGUAUUUGAUUUGAAUUAAGAAACAACUCUAGCUUUGAUUUUGUAUAAAUUAUGAAACAACCCUAUAAAGAACAAAAUCAUAAAAACUGAGGACCCAAACCCUAAACAAACCCUUAACUAAAACCAUAACCAUAGACAUACCCUAACCAAACCCUUAACUAAAACCAUAACCAUAGACAUACCCUAACCAAACCCUAAAACCUGUAAUUCAUAGUCAAACCCUUAACCCUAAACAAACUCUAAAACCAUAACCGUAGACAUACUCUAACCAAACUCUUAACUAAAACCAAAUACGAAUUAAUCCAACGCCUCAAACACACACCUAUUUAUUGAUUAUUUUUGUACAUUGGUCACUAUCUAAGUACGUCCGUCCACUAUGUUUGAUAGAUGUUUAAACACUAAUUUAGAGGGUUCAAAGACAAAGUUCUUGUGGUGUUAUCAAUAAAUUUAGUGAUUUUUUUCUGCUCUGCCUUAGCUAGAAUACGCGUUCUGGGAGUAUGAAACGACGUAGUUUUGGUUAUUUUUUUGACCUAAUCUCUUUUCUUCCUCAUUCUUCCUUGACAGAGAGAUUGCAGCGGCGAAAAUUUGGAGAUCGACUCCCUCAUGUCUUCAGUAAAUUCUUCAUCCACUACAAGAGAUCGCCUCGCGAAACAACGGGGAAUUCCCACAAGAUGCAAUUGCGAUGAGGCAGUGAAUCGUUUCACUUCAAAAACAAUUCAAAAUCCGGGAAGAUUAUUUCAUUGUUGUCCUUUGGGAUCUCAAAAGGUUAGUCAUGUUAUCAUAUAACUGUCUCGUUGUUGUCCGAUGAGAGUAGAAUUAGUCAAUCUAAUUGUGUAUUGGAUGUUACUGAUGAAGGACAAAACCCACUUGUUCAAAUGGACUGACAAGUCAGUUGUUGAGGAGAUUGAAGACUUCCAAGACCUGUUUGACGUGUUACUCGUUGACAAUUCCGAGUUUCAGAAAUCAGUGAGAGCUGGUGAGGCCAUGAUGACACGCCAUGAGAGUAGAAUUCAAGAGAUGGAAGAUGCAAUGUGCCAUUGCGAAGAGAAGACCUCGGAAUGCAUUAGGGAACUUAGGGGCAUAAAAGCUUUGUUUGUGUGUUGUUUGGUGAUGGUCUUCUUGUACCAUAUCUAUGCAUGAUGUUCAACAAAGGCAUCGACUUCGCGCACAACUACUUUUAUGUGCUUCCUCAACUUGUUGUUUCUUUUUUUCAAAGAAGUUAAGACCAUGUUUCUUGUUAUUUCGAGGUGAUCAUCAUCUAAUGAAACGAAUUAUUUUGCAAUUACUUUGGUUGUUACUAGAAUAAAUCGAUUUGUCUCUAUAGUUUAGCAAAUACCAAAUUGUCAAAUAGGUUCUUAAACAGAAGAUCAAAU